CGGCGGCGCUGAAGGAUGGCGACGCCUGUCCCUCCGCCCUCCCCGCGGCACCUGCGGCUGCUGCGGCUGCUGCUCUCUGGCCUCGUCCUCGGCGCGGCCUUGCGCGGUGCGGCCGCCCGCCGCCCGGAUGCAGCCGUCUGUCCUGGGAGACUGGACUGUGCCCUGAAGAGGAGGGCGCGGUGCCCCCCGGGUGCACGUGUCUGUGGGCCCUGCCUUCAGCCCUUCCAGGAGGACCAGCAGGGGCUCUGUGUGCCCAGGAUGCGCCAGCCUGUGGGGGAGGGCUUGCCCCAGCCCAGACUGGAAGAUGAGAUCGACUUCCUGGCCCAGGAGCUGUACCGGCAGGAGGUGGGGCACUCCAGGCUCACGGCCCCACCCCAGCCUGAGGGGCGACAGCGGCUCCUGGAGGCCGCGUCCACCCUGGGGCUCUCAGAGCGUGGCCGGGGCCCCAACCUGAGCCUCCCCUCCACGCGGGGAGCGCCCACGCCCCGCACCUCCUCCCUGCGCUCCGCGGUGUCAUCUGGGCCUGUGCACAUGUCCCCGCUGGAGCCGCGGGGCGGGCGCGGUGACAGCCUUGCCCUCCUGCUGAUCGUGGCGUGCUCCGUGGCCGGCGCGGCCGCCCUUGCCGUGGCCGUUCUCUGCUGGUGUCGGCUGCAGCGAGCCGUUCGCCUGACCCAGAAGGCCGACUACGCGGCCCCGCAGGCGCCCAGCUCCCCAGCCACGCCCAGGAUCUCGCAGCCCGGGGACCAGCGGCUGGCGCACAGCGCGGAGAUGUACCACUACCAGCACCAGAGGCAGCAGAUGCGGUGCCUGGAGCGGCAUAAGGAGCCCCCCAAGGAGUUGGACUCCGCCUCCUCGGACGAGGAGAACGAAGACGGCGACUUCACGGUGUACGAGUGCCCCGGCCUGGCCCCGACUGGAGAGAUGGAGGUGCGCAACCCACUGUUCGACCACGCGUCUCUGUCCGCGCCUCCGCUGCAGCGACCCGAAGGCUGACGCCCACCCUGUCACGGACGCGCUGCCCACGGCUGGGGAGGGGCGGGGCCCAGCCUUUUCCAUUAAAGAGACUGUGU